AUGUUUAGUGGUACAGCAAUUUAUGAAAAUUCAGUUUCAAUAACAGUAUAUAGAAAUGGAAUUCAAUGCAAACAAGGUUUAGUAUUGAAAAGAAAAACUUCAACAACUAAUCUUGAGUGGAUUUGGUCAAAACAUUGUAUCUUGGAUUGCCCGUUAUUCAAUGUCUUUACGCCAAAAGUUGCAGAAGAAAUAAUAGAGAAAGGUAAACGUUCUUUGGUAGAACUAAAUCAACCUCCGAGAGAAAAGAAUACAAAUAGUUCAAAAAAGAGUACAGAAGAUUACAAAAACAUCAGAAAAUAA